AUUGUCCUGUGAGGUCCUGAGUGACCAGAGCCUGGAGACCCUGCUGCACCACUUACCCCAGCUCCCCCAGCUAAGCCUGCUGCAGCUAAGCGAGACAAGGCUGUCCCCGAAGAGCCCCCUCCUGCUGGCCGAUCUCUUCAGCCUGUGCCCACGGAUUCAGAAGGUGGAUCUCAGGUCCCUGUAUCACAUGACCCUGCACUUCAGGUCUAGCAAGGAGCGGGAAGGCGAAUGCUGUGGCAGGUUCACGGGCUGUGGCCUCAGUCAGGAGCACGUGGAGCCGCUGUGCUGGUUGCUGAGCAAAUGCGAAGACCUCAACCAGCUGGACCUCUCCGCAAACAUGCUGGGUGAUGACGGGCUCAGGUGCCUCCUGGAAUGUCUGCCUCAGUUGCCCAUCUCCGGUUCGCUUGACCUGAGUCACAACAACAUCUCCCUAGAAAGUGCCCUGGGCCUGGUGAAGACACUCCCCUCCUGCCCACGCAUCCGGGAGGCCUCCUUGAACCUGGGCUCUGAGCAGAGCUUCUGGAUCCACUUCUCCAGACGGGAGGAGGCCGGGAAGACACUGAGGCUGAGCCAGUGCAGCUUCGGGCUGGAGCAUGUGCCCAGACUGGCCACCAACCUGAACCAGGCCCUGCAGCUGACCGCGCUCACGCUGACCCAGUGCUGCCUGGGCCUGGAACAGCUGACGCUUCUCCUGAGUCUGCUGAGGUGGCCGGUGGGGCUGUUCAGUCUCAGGGUGGAGGAGCCGUGGGUAGGCAAAGCCGGGGUGCUCACCCUGCUAGAAGUCUGCACGCAGGCCUCAGGCAACGUCACUGAAAUAAGCAUUUCCGAGAUCCAGCAGCAGCUCUGUCUCCAGUUGGAGUUUCCCCGUCAGGAGAACCCAGAGGCCAUGGCCCUCAGGUUGGCUCACUGUGACCUUGGGACCCACCACAACCUUCUUGUCUGGCAGCUGAUGGAGACAUGUGCCAGGCUGCGGCAGCUCAGGUCAGAACCCCGAAACACGGGGCGCCUGGGUG